AUGCUGGCAUCAACAGGGAAGAGCUCGGGCUCGUCCAAGCCAUCCACCUCCAAGUCUGCUUCCGCCACUGAGGCUGCGGUGGCCACCUCUUCUUCUGCCUCGUCAUCCACAUCGACGCCGGAGCCAGCUAGCUCGUCUCUUCCGGACCCCAAAGCUGACUUGAGUGCAUAUCUGCUCAAGCUGCAAUCGGCCCUCCAACCGCUCACACGCAAUGCGGCAGCCAUCCCCACGCACGGCGACCUCGCCUUCCACCGCAGCAUGGACCGCAAACUCGCAAAGAAGCUCGAUUCGGAAUCGGACCGUGUGCUGCAAUCCAUAUCGCAGCUCGCAAGCUGGAUUGCCAGCGACUCGCGCGCGCCCAAGAUUCCGCUUGCCAAAACCGAUGCUUCCGGCUCCAAGAAGCAAAAAGCAAGCGUCGCUGUGGAUUUGGAUUUCACAGAUGUUAUCACCAAGGAAAGCUUCACUUCGAAUUUGGGCGAGCUGGUUGACCAUCUUCUGGAGAGUGCCGACACUUGUCUCGACGAAUACACGGGCAAGCUCGCACCUCGCAAAGUGGGAGCAUCUGCUGACGACGCCGCUGCCAACGCUGGCGAGACGGGCACCACUUCGAGGUUGCAAGCCAUGACAGCUGUGCAGAACGGCAAGGCGUUGCCCAAGACCGGAAACCUGCCUUCGUGGGUACUGAAUGCGCCCAUCUCACCACCGCAGAAGCAUUUCACCACCAAACCCGACAACUCUGCCUCGACGCUGUGGCAGCCUACGCUCAAGUACGGCAAGCCCAACGCACAGGUUGCGCUCGGACACGUCAAUCCGCCACGCAUCGGCGCUGAUGGCCAACCGCUUCCACGUGGUCCCAGGAGGGGAAUGUACUGCGCGGAAGGCGACCCGCUCGACAACCCGUACUACCACGAAAUCGCACACUCCUCACCACCGACCCACGCGCUCUCCAAACCAGACGCGGCAGCCAAAGACCACCCCCCGCCGCCGCUCAACGAAAAGGAGCCGUCCCUCUCCACCGACGCAUGCCCCUUCCAGUGGGUGUCGACCAAAGCACAGAUCGAGCAGCUGCGCGACCACCUCGACGAGCCGCGCGUCCUCGAGAUCGCCAUCGAUCUGGAGCAUCACUCGUACCGCACUUACCAGGGAAUUGUGUGUCUCAUGCAGCUCUCGACACGCUGGGGCGACUGGAUCAUCGACACGCUCUCGGACGAGGUGCGCGAGCACGCCGAGCUGCUCAACUCUGCCUUCACGGACCCCAACAAGGUCAAGGUGCUGCACGGCGCCAACCACGACGUGCUCUGGCUGCAGCGCGACCUGGGCUUGUAUCUGGUCAACCUGUUCGACACAUACCAUGCGACCAACGUGCUCAUGUUCCCCAGCCACGGGCUCAACUACCUCAUGGCGCGCUACUGCAGCUUCGACGCCGAUAAGCGCUACCAGCUCGCAGAUUGGCGCAUCCGCCCCCUGCCCAAGGAGAUGCUCUACUACGCCCGCAGCGACACCCACACGCUGCUGUACAUCUACGACAAUCUUCGGCACGAGCUCAUGGAGUCCGGGGGCGUCGAUGCGAUACGCCAGGUGUUCGAGCGCAGCAAGGAUGUCGCGAUGUCGACGUACGCGAAGGAAGAGUGGGACAGCGAAGGCGAGACACGCGAAGGAUGGCGCAGCGUGUGGCGCAAAUGGGGUGGUGAGGCUGCUCUGGGCACCGAGGAUAGGAAGGAGGUGCGACAAAUGAAGAAGGAGGAGCGGCUGGUCCGGGCACUGCACAGGUGGAGGGACAGUGUGGCGAGAGAGGAGGACGAGUCGCCCAGGUACGUGCUGGGUGCGAACAACCUGAUGAUGUUGGCGGCUAGGGCGCCGACCAGCAAAGAGGGAGUACUGGCAUGUAUCCCUCCCAAUGCGUCCGGGUUGAAGAAGCGGAUCGAUGAGCUGGUCAAACUGAUCGCUACAGAGUUGCAAGAGUGGGAAAAAGAUCAAGAGGCAAAGAAGGAGAGUUUGUCGGCAGCGCUGUUGAAGGAGAGCAAGGAAGACGAGAUGGAUGUUGGCGAAGCUGUUGCACGCGAUUCUCUGCAGCAGGAGCGAGCCGUGUCGCACUCGAUCUCAGCCAUCAGUCACGUCGCAGCCACCCUUCCGCACGUCGACCCUUCCAUCUGGUCCUCCGCCGCCGACUCCACUGGGACCGCUGCCCCCUCCGCUGCUUCGCGAACCGGCAUGCGUGGCGCAGUGCGAUCCUUCGCAUCCAACUUGUUUGGUCGAUCCACCCCACCCACUCCUUCUUCUUCUGCUGCUGCUGCAAAGCCAAGCCUGAACUCGACCAUGUCCAAGCUCUUCGGCACGCUAUCUGGCAACAAGCCCACCUCCACGCCUGCUGCAGCCAAAAUCGACGCGGUCAAGGCCGGCUUCAUCGACGCAGUUGGCGCACUCGUCGGCAGCACCACCACCACCGGAGCCGACGUCGAUGUACCCGUGCAGGAUGCUUUCCUCCCACAGAACCAGGCCGAUCCCACCACGCCUUCCCCCGCUGUGGAGACCGUCACCUCGCAGCGCGCAGCAGACACAGACGACGACGCGUCCGAAAAGGAAGACUUUAUCGUCGUCUCCACCACGGCCUCGAAGAAAAAGUCCAAGCCCGCCUCCCAGCAGGGCGACUCAAAGAAGGACAAGAAGAAACGCAAAGCCGCCGACGCCGCCGCCGCUUCCUCUUCCCCAGCAGCGCCGAAGCCGAAGAGGGAGAAGUUCUCGGCCGAGUUUGACUUCUCGUCUACUCCCGAUGCGUUCACGUCUGCCCCCCCGGUGAAAGACGGAGCGAAGAAUGAAGGUGGCGGCAGGAAGCAAGGCCACAGGAAGCAGGAGGGGAAGAAGGAGGGGAAGAAGGAGAAGGGAGAUGAAAGCAUAUUCAGACAGCCUCGGGAUCGUGCCAGACGCAAGACAGGUAUGGGAAGCACCAUGUAA